UCUGAUACAUCAUCAUCAGACAAGUCGAAGAUCGUAGAGAUACAUAUAAAUGAAAGAGUGUAUCAAAUGGAAGAAAUCUGGCUCUGAAACCUGUGCUCCAAGCAUCUCUAGUCAAGCAGAAAAUCUAUCACUGCUCUGAAUCCCUCAUCAUGUCUGCAAACACCACAUCCACCCAGCCAUUGAUUAAAUUACUCUAUCAUCUUAAGCUUGCAUGCCUGCUUGUCUUGGUGAGCUUUUCACCUUGGAAGAAUGGAAUACCAUGCACCUCGUCAGCAGCAGCUAGGAUGUCAACUACAUGUACUACUGUCAUAGCAGUCACAUUGGCAUUAGGAACAGCGUAUACUACAUCCACUGGGGGUGCUGGUGUGCAGUGCUCAACGGUAGCCAGUGUUGAAGGUAGGCUGUAUGAGUUGCGUCUUGUUGGAAGCAAUGCCACCAACGAAGGCCUCCUUCAAGUAUUUAUGAACAACAGAUGGGGCUGGGUGUACAGCUAUACUGAUGCUUUACAUGUACAUUGGAGAUUGGGCGAGGUUGCAUGCCAUCAAAUGGGAUAUGAGGAAUAUAGUAAUACAGGGAUUUCGGUUGAUGAAAGCGUGAAGCAGCAACCUGUGCCCUGGUUGAUGGCGAGAGUUAAAUGUUCAGGAUAUGAAUCAAGAUUGGUAGAUUGUGGACAUAUCAAUUUUACCAGCACUCUUGUACCAGGGGAGCAGAGACUUCAUGUUCCAUUGAAAUGUAUCAAGGCACCUGCAUUACAAAAUGAUACUCUGCUAGUCCAGUUGAAUGGAACAUUCAGCUCUGGCAUUCUGCAAGUAAAGAAAUCUCCCUAUCCAGGAUGGCUCCCUUUUUGUGGGUUUGAUUUAGACAUGAUAGCAGGUCAUGUAAUCUGUCGUCAAUUAGGCCACACCCAUGCUAACAACAUCAUCCGCAUGAACCUCAUGUCUACUCUUAUCUCUACUCCUGUGAUAACAUCUGUAGUCUGUGAAGGGUUUGAGAAGUUUCUAUCAGAAUGUUCAGUGAUGCUAAAACCAUCUUCUUCAACCUGUAAUGGAAUACAUAUUGACUUUAAGAUAUAUUGUAGUGAUACACCACUGCUUCCUUUGGGAUCAUUACGUUUAGUAUCAUCAAGCCAGUCUUCAACCAAAGGACGUAUUGAGAUCUAUGGCAAUCAAUCUAGAUGGGGGACUAUCUGUGAUGAUUACUGGACAGAUAAAGCUGCUACAGUUGCAUGUAGACAGAUGAGGUUGGGCAGCAUUGGUAUUUCUCAUGGCAACGCAUUCUAUGGCAGUGGGGAAGGACCCAUCUUAUUAGAUGAUGUACAAUGCAAUGGUGAUGAAGAGAGGUUGCUACAGUGUGAUACAUCACCACUGGGGGAACAUAACUGUAUUCAUGCAGAGGAUGCUGGUGUGGAGUGCUUUGAUCAUAUGCCUACAGUAGCUCCAAAUAAAGGUAUGAAAAUACAUUGAUGUACAGCCUGCUUACAUGAAAAGUCAUGAUGAGUUGAAACAGUGUAUAUGAAUAGUAUAUCGUGUUUUUUAAUUUGCAAAUAUUUUGCUGGUAAUGUUUGCAGAUACCUUUAAUAAUGGCAUCUUGUGUUUGGUCAUCAGUGUAGCACCACUGCUCAUGAUUGGAGAUGGUCCUGUUCACAGAUACGGUCCACUUUUGACUUUUUCCAUUUAGAAGCCCCAUGCCCAAAAAUAAAUGAGUUAUACCUUGGUCACAUUUACUCUACGGCAAGUCAAAAACAGUUGUUUUAUUCCUUUUUAUUCAAACCAUCUGUAUUUAGCUGGUACAAAUAU